AUGUGGAGGUUCCAGAUAUACGCUGGGCUUGUUCUUUUUCUUCCUUUCUGGAGUUUGGCAGAAGGUGGGAAGCUCUUGGUUGUGCCUCAGGAUGGAAGUCACUGGCUGAGCAUGCGUGUGGUUCUGGAGAAACUCUGGGAGAGGGGGCACGAAAUCGUUGCGGUGAUUCCUGAUGCCACUUUGCUCAUGAAAAACUCACAAUCUUUCACCAUCAAAACAUACUCCGUGCCUUACACACAGGAGUUUGUGGAUAGAUACUACCAUUCCAUCGGUGAAAAAAGUUUUGAUAACGCUCCCUUUCUAGAAAAAUUUACAGUUUUACUCAGCAAUUUAUCAGAACUGACCAGCAUGUUUUCUUCUACUUGUCGGCAUCUCUUAUAUGAUGAAGAACUAAUGAAGUACCUCCAGGACAGCAAAUUUGAUGCCAUUAUGAUGGAUCCUGUGUUGCCGUGUGGACCAAUUAUUGCUGAAUAUCUCUCUCUCCCUUCAGUGUACUUCAUGCGUGGUCUUCCAUGUACCUUAGACUACAAAGCCACCCAGUGUCCCAGUCCCUUUUCUUACGCGAGGACUUUCACCUCCAGUUCAGAUCAUAUGACAUUUACGGAGCGUGUGAAGAAUCUCCUGGUUGGGUUUUCAGAGCAUUUGUUUUGCUAUCUGUUUUAUUUAAAAUACAAGGACUUAGCUUCUGAGUUUCUUCACAGAGAAGUAACAAUACUGGAACUAUUUAGCAAAGCAUCAAUUUGGCUGAUGAGAUAUGACUUUGUUUUUGAGUAUCCGCGCCCAAUAAUGCCAAAUAUGGUCUAUAUUGGAGGCAUCAACUGUGAGCAGAAGCAGCCAUUAUCAAAGGAAUUUGAAGCUAUUGUGAAUGCCUCUGGAGAACAUGGCAUUGUUGUCUUCUCGCUGGGCUCCAUGGUCUCUGAGAUUCCUAUGAAGAAAGCCACAGAAAUCGCAGAUGCCUUGGGAUCAGUCCCUCAAACGGUUUUGUGGCGAUACACGGGAGAGGUGCCCCCCAACCUGCCGAAAAACGUAAAGCUCGUCAAAUGGCUGCCACAGAAUGAUCUUCUAGCUCACCCUAAGACUCGUGCCUUUAUUACCCAUGGAGGCUCACACGGUGUUUACGAGGGCAUAUGCAAUGCGGUGCCAAUGGUACUAAUGCCUUUAUUUGGAGACCAGAUGGACAACGCCAAACGAGUAGAGUCACGAGGAGCAGGACUGACACUGAAUAUACUUGAAAUGACUUCGGAGGACAUAUCCACUGCCCUGAAAGCAGUUAUUAACGAUAAAAAGUACAAAGAGAACAUCAAGCGUCUCUCAGACCUUCACCUCGACAGACCCAUCCACCCCCUGGACCUGGCUGUGCACUGGGUGGAGUUUGUAAUGAGACACAAAGGGGCCCCACACCUGCGACCUGCUGCUCACGACCUCAACUGGAUCCAGUACCACUCCCUGGACGUCAUCGCCUUCCUCCUCGCCGUGGUGCUCCUCUCCCUCUUCAUUUCGCUGAAGUGCUGCCUGUUCUGCUGCCGCAGGUGCUGCUGUAAGAAGGGAAGAACAAGAAAGCCAACCAAAUCGAAGUCCCACUAG